CACAAACGAUGGAUGGCUCAGUAAACCCGCACGUACCAUCACACAAUCCUCAAUCAAAGAUGCGAAAGACUCUCUCUCUCUCCACCCGGGUGGAGAGCAGUCAUAGACUCACAUGCCAACUUCCGAAGAAACCGUUUUGUUCCAUCUCUUACUUGCUGCCGAGUUUUUCUAGUUUCUCUUACAUGUAGAGUGUAGACACACGGGUUUCAACUCGAGGAAAAAAAAAAUGUCUUCUGUGAAGUUAUCGACGUGGUUUGUAAGCGAGGGGAUCGGCGGAUUGAGCUGCAAGCACUCGGCUGUGCGCUUUUUCUUACCUCAUCGCUCACUUCCUGCUUCCUGCAAAAUGCGUCAGCGUAAUUUUAGUUCCCAGCAUAAAAAACAACAUUUGAAGAAAGCCUCUCAUGAACGGACUUCAACAAAUGCAGAUUUCCAGGCAAAUGGUGGCGAGGAAUCUGAAACCGAAAAUGCUUCAAUAAUUAAUGUUCCAAUUUUGAGCCAGGAAAUUAUAUCUACUGAUGAUGUUGACACUGGCAUAGCUAUAGAGCAUAUCAAUGCAAAGGAGUUGAGUGGCCCGACUGUACCCGAUGAACAAAAAUCUUUGGCUAUAAACAUAAGUGGUGACAAGCAACUUUCGGGUGUUCAACAGGAGGACUUGAUUGGCAUGAUAAGAUAUGCAGAAAAAAAUGUCCUCCUUCUAAAUCAAGCCCGAGUGAGUGCACUUGAAGAUCUUGAAAAGAUUGUCACUGAGAAGGAGACACUGCAAGGAGAGAUCAAUGCUUUGGAGACGAAACUGGCAGAAACUGACGCCCGGAUUAAAGUUGCUGCCCAAGAAAAGAUACGUCUGGAACUCCUGGAAGACCAGUUAGAGAAGCUGCAGAAUGAACUGGCUCACAGGGAUGUUACUGAGUUAAGUGAGAUUGAUAUGAAUGAGAAUCAUCACAAACUUUUGCAUCAUGAAGCGUAUGUACUAGAUAGUGUUAGUUCUGUUAGCAAGGAGCUUAACUCAUUGAGGGAAGAGAAUAUCUCCCUCAAGAAUGAUAUAGAAGUACUUAAGACUGAGCUUAGUGAUGUCAAGGACACAGAUGAGCGCGUGCUUUUACUGGAAAGAGAACGCUCCUUGCUGGAGUCUUCCUUGAAAGACUUGGAGUCUAAACUCUCUGUUUCUCAGGAAGAUGUUUCCAAACUUUCCACUCUGAAAGCUGAAUACAAGAGCUUGUGGGAGAAGGUAGAAAAUCUACAGGUAUUGUUAGAUAAGGCAACAAAACAGGCAGAUCAAGCUAUUAUAGUAUUGCAGCAAAACCAAGAGCUCCGGAAAAAGGUUGAUAAACUGGAAGAAUCCCUUGAAGAAGCUAAUGUCUAUAAGCUCUCAUCAGAAAAAUUGCAACAAUAUAAUGAACUAAUGCAACAAAAAAUCGAACUGUUGGAUGAUCGUCUUCAAAGGUCUGAUGAAGAGAUUAAUUCUUGUGUACAAUUAUAUCAAGAAUCAGUGAAGGAAUUUCAAGAUACACUUAAUAGUUUGAAAGAAGAGAGCAAGAAAAGGGCAGCAGAUCAAUAUGUGGAUGACAUGCCUUUGGAAUUUUGGAGCCGUUUAUUGCUUAUAAUAGAUGGUUGGUUGCUUGAGAAAAAAGUAUCAACCAAUGAUGCAAAUUUAUUGAGAGAAAUGGUAUGGAACAGAGAUGGACAGAUUUACAAUGCAUACAUGGCAUGCAAGGAAAAGACUGAACGGGAGGCUAUAACUACGUUUCUCAGGCUGAUAUCAUCACCAGCACGUCCAGGAUUACAUAUCAUUCAUAUUGCGGCAGAGAUGGCACCGGUUGCUAAGGUGGGUGGUUUGGGGGAUGUUGUAACUGGUCUUAGCAAAUCUUUACAGAAGAGGGGACACCAUGUCGAAAUUGUUCUUCCAAAAUAUGACUGCAUGCAAUAUGAUCGAAUUCGUGACUUAAGGGCCCUAGAUGUGAUGGUAGAAUCAUACUUUGCCGGUCAGCUAUUCAAAAAUAAAAUCUGGCUCGGCACUGUUGAAGGUCUUCCAGUUUAUUUAAUUGAGCCUCAUCAUCCUGAAAAUUUCUUCUGGAGAGGACAAUUUUAUGGCGAGCAUGAUGAUUUCAAACGUUUUUCUUUUUUUAGCCGUGCAGCACUUGAGUUACUUCUUCAAGCUGGCAAGAAACCAGACAUAAUUCAUUGCCAUGAUUGGCAGACAGCUUUUGUUGCUCCACUUUAUUGGGAUUUAUAUGCCCCUAAAGGAUUUAACUCAGCUAGAAUAUGUUUUACAUGCCACAACUUUGAGUACCAAGGGACUGCUCCCGCUUCAGAAUUGGCAUCCUGUGGUCUCGAUGUCCAUCAGCUAAAUAGACCAGAUAGAAUGCAAGAUAACUCUGCACAUGAUAGGGUCAAUCCUGUUAAGGGUGGAAUUGUAUUUUCCAAUAUUGUGACAACAGUAUCGCCUACUUAUGCACAAGAGGUGCGGACUGCUGAGGGAGGAAGAGGUCUUCAUUCAACCCUUAAUUCUCACUCCAAAAAGUUCAUUGGAAUUCUAAACGGAAUUGAUACUGAUGCAUGGAAUCCUGCCACUGAUACAUUUCUCAAAGUCCAGUACACUGCAAAUGAUCUUCAAGGGAAAGCAGAAAAUAAGGAAGCUAUGCAAAGGCAUCUACAGCUUUCUUCAGCAGAUAUCAAGAAGCCACUGGUAGGCUGCAUAACAAGAUUGGUGCCACAGAAAGGUGUUCAUCUUAUUAGACAUGCAAUAUAUCGAACAUUGGAGUUGGGAGGACAGUUUAUACUUCUUGGCUCAAGCCCAAUCCCACAUAUUCAGAUCCUCAAAGUAUUUAAGGGUAGAAAAUUCAGAAAUAUUAUCCUGCAAGUUGAGAAACCUCCUCCUGCUGCAGAUCUGUAUGAGGAACUUUUUUUAAAUUCGGAAGAUUCUUAUAACGGUAAGUGCAGCUGUCUGUGCAAUGAUAAAAUUUAGAGAACUGUAGUACUUCAGCAAUAAAUAUCCAUAAGACCAGUCCAUAUUUAUCUAGUACUUAAAGAAAUUAGUAUUGAGUUUGCCUCAUUGUGAUGCACCCCAGAACAGGCAAUUAGCUUUGCAGAUAGUCCAUAUUUCUUUAUAAGCUUGUCAUUAUAUUACAAGAAGUUAAAGUAGGAGUUAUUCUGCAGAGAGUGUCUCUUUACCUAUCCUAUGAAGAUUUUUGAGUAGAUAUACUUCAGUUUUGGAAAUUUUUGUGACAGUGCAUUUGAUCUGAAGCAGAUUUGUUUUGUUUUCAACAUGGUUAUCGUAGUGUAGUCUGCUCUUGAAGUGCCAGUGAUCUGUGUGAAAUGGCUAAAGCCUGUAAUUUCAUAGUCUUAUUUGAUUAGAGUUUUCUUUAUAAAAGAAUAAAUAUACAUCUGUGGCGCUCCACUAAAUCACACCAUCAAGGAAUUUCCUUCUAUAAACCCCACCCUUCUCUCGAGCAGACUUCAACUUAAUUGUUUGUAUUGUUACACAAUUUUAGUGCUGUUCUACAUCAUUAUUGGUGUUAGAGCCAAAAACCGGUGUAUCAAUUGAUAUGCUGUCUUAGGAGAUAGCACAUUAUCUGAGAAGUAUACAUGUAAGAGGUAUGAAAUGCUCAUUAAAGGAUUUCACUGACUCGGUAUGUAAAACUUUUGAUUUAAUGAACGAAUAGUAGAUCAUGAGAGUAAAAAAUAAUAAUAAAUUAACCGAAUCCCACUAGAUGCAAACAAUAUAGGGGUCAUUCGGAACUUAAAAAAAAAAAAAAUCUAGGGGCCAUCGAACU